AUGUCAACACCUUUACAUUCAAGUAAAUCAACAGGAAAUCUUCAAAAUAUUAUAAAUGAGGCAAAAAUAAAUAAUACAAAAAUAAAAAAAUCAGGAAGCGUAAGAAUUAUGGAAAAAGUUUUAAAUCCAGAAGGGGUUAAAAUUAAAAAAGAAGCAAAAAAUUUAUUACCAAAAUUUGAAGGAAGAACUACAAAAUGGGGUGAAAUAAAUGAAAAAAGAAAAGAAAUAAAAAGUUUUGUUAACGAAAGCUUAAAAGUUGACAAACAAAUUUUUAAGGAAUUUGAGAUGUUUAAAGAAAAUGAAAAAUUGUUUGUUCUUGAUCAAGAACGUUUAAAUAAAAUAAAUUUGGAUGCUAAUUAUGAAGGGAAAAGUUUUAAAGAAUUAGAAGAAAUACUUGGAAAUAAAUGUAAGUUUAUGGAAAUUUAAAUAAAAUAUGUGAUUGAGGAGGGAGGUGUGUAAGGGGUUGUGUUAGAAGUAAAAAAAUUACAGGAACGAGUUUGGAAUAAAUAAAAGUAUUGGAAUUAGAAUUAGAUUUCAGACUCGUUUCUGGUAGGCUGAAUAAAAAUAUGAGAGAUAUUGAGAAGAGCAUAUAGACAUUUAUGGACGAUUUUAUAGAGUAAAUCCAGAAAUAACAGAUUAAUAGCAAAUGCU